AUGAGGGAAGAUGGCACAGUUCUUCCCCGCCAGCUCACAGGAUUAUGUAAAAAGCAGCAGCUACGAUUAGAAAGAUUAGUUUUAAACAUUACCUUUACUCUAUACGAAAAUUCAACGUCACCGUUUAGAUGUGUGAUGCAAGCUCAUUGGGCAGGCCUAUUCCCGGACCGAACUGUGCCCGAUUUUGACAGAACGGGAUAUAAACGAUUUGAAAGGUUUGCCUCUAUUGCUUUCUUGUCUUCAAUGUCUACAUUUCGCGAUUUGGGCUUUGUUUCAGGUAUUGGAACGAUGAUAUGGACAUGUAUAGAUUAA